AUGGAAAGACUAAAAAAAGUCAUUGAUUUCGAUACUUUUAACACUUAUGACCCAUUCAUUACAACAAGUAAAGUUCCUAUCAUAAAUGAUGGAACGGUGCAAUAUAUAAAUUCUACAGUAGAUGCCUCAUUAGUGAAAGUAUUAAAUGUUCUCAUUGAAUUGUUAAACAGCUUUCGAUUUGACGACAACAUUAAAUGCCUAAAGAAUUUAGUCAUGAAUGAGAAACAAAUUCUCGGCGUUGCUGGUAGCAGUAAUGAUGUACACCUUAUGACAUUAGAAUAUUAUAACGAACAUAA